AUGGGGAAGGGAGGAAAUAUUAGGAAAAAGUUGGACAAGCCGGCUGGCUUGAGGGAGGAGUUGUUCCUUAAUCAGUCUCUGAUUGUAUGGACUGAUUCGUUUGAGGAAAUUAUUAGAGAUGACGAUGAAAAGCUGAAUGAGUUGAAAAAAGAAUUGGGUGAAGGGGCAUAUAAAGCAGUGGUUCAAGCAUUGUCAGAGAUAAAUGAACAUAAUCCUAGUGGGCGAUACUUAACCUCAGUAGUAUGGAACUAUAAAGAGGGAAGGAGAGCAACUCUAAAAGAAGGUAUACGACUUCUGUUAAAUCAAUGGAAGAAGAAGCUUCUAAAAAGAAAGAGAAUGGCGUGA